GGCUGCAAGUCUAACUUGCUCGUUUUCGAAACACUCGUCGACACCAUGUGGCAAUUCGAAGCACUAUCAUAUCGUAACAUCAAAGAGUACGUGCCACUCAGUAGUUGCAGGAGAGAUAUAAACAGUCACCUUCAACGGUUGAAAACAUCUCAAGCAAACAUCAAAGGUGAAUGGCAACUGAUACUUUUGAGAGCUGGGUUAUUUGAUGAAGAUGGUGAAACGCUCACAAUCUGUCCCCUUCACAGAGAUAUUUUUGAUACUAUCUGGAAUUCAAGUAGACCAGUUACAAAAUGCCAUCAUCCACUUCAUGGCCGAAGCAGGGCUAAGCCUGAAAGAGGGAUUUCGUUGGACAUUUCAAAAGAGAUUCAAGUUUACUGGGGAGUUCUCGUGCCCAUUGGAUCAGGUAUUUGUGAACUGUGUGGUUUACCCAGUUUCCCUCUUUCUUCUUUCUUUCUUUUUUUCCAAUACUUACUCAUUCUGUUCUUUAAAUUCUAGGUAUAUGCAUCAGGUGCAGAAAAUUACAUUUAGCAGAAAGAGGGAAAAGAGAAACACAAAUAUUUCAGGUGAGUAUAUAUUAACCUCAAAAGUGUUUCCGUCGGUCACACGAUUUUUUUGUUUAUUUGCAAAUUUAGCAGCAAAGUAUGAAUUAUGAGGAAACAAGUAACAAAGUCGCCGUGGUUACUAUAGCAGUUCGAUCCGAUGGUGUCUUACCCUUACUUUUUACAAGAAAAUCAGGCAGUUAGAGCCUAAGAAAGUAUUGCAUUAUGCAUCAGUUAAUUCCAGCUGCGCCCCCACACGGGCUACUGCGGGGCAUUUGCCCGCCUUAUCAGUCCCGGCGGUGGGGCAUUUGCAAAUUUUUCGCCCCCCGGGGGCCGGGCAUUUAUUUGCCAACCCCAGGGCUAUUCCCGAGUUUUUGACACGCGCGCGGUUUCCUAUCAGAAUACCCUAAACAUUCCCGGGGCUUAUAUUUUUCAAAGGCCCUUUUUGAGGGGCUUAUUUUUGGAGAGGCUUAUAUCGGAGGGACUUAUCUACGGAAGGAAAUUUGCGUUUCAAAAUCGAUUGGGCUAGCCCUAUAGUUGGAAGGAAAUUUACCGUUUUGGCAGGAGGUUUUGGCUUUGUUUUACUUUGUAUUUGAGGGCACUUUUCCAAGUAUAAGCCUCCAGGGGGCUUAUAUUCGGAGGGGGGAUUUAACGGAGGGUUUUUUGCGUUACCGGUUUGGGGGGCUUAUAUUUGGAGGGGCUUAUACAUGGAAGGGCUUAUUUACGCAAUUUUAUGGUAUAACUACACAGAGGAUAUUACUGGAAAAAAACGCAGAUUAGCUCAUCUAUCAAGGACAGGGGGUUGUAAAGGCAUGUUCUCGAUUUUAUGCAUGCUUGUUAAGCCGGAAUUACCUAGCGUAACUCGGGAGCUAUCGACGUGAAUUAACGUUUUUUGGUAAGUGAAUCAAAUUUCUGUUGAUAUUAUUUGAAGAACAUCCUUUCAUAUUUAUAACAUAUUCACAACAUAUAACUUUAAAGGGUACUAUUAAUUCUAAUGUCAAUAAUUUUAUAUCAAUACUAAAACCAUAAACUGGUACAUAUCGUCGCGGCGUGAAGUCUUAAUUAGAAUCUAAUCACUAUUACAAAGGAAGACGUUACUUGAAACAAAAAAUCGCUCAUUAAAAUGUUUAAAACGGCACUAUUCGACUGUGCAAUCAAUGAAAAAUGUUGCAGUGUUGACGGAGGACGGGGCAUUUGCCCUCUUUUCUCGUCCCCACCCCGGGGAUUUGACAGCUCAAGAGUCUCCACCCCCGGGAAUUUGCGAUCCAAGGCAAAAAAAAUGCCAAUGCCCGAGGGUGAGCGCUGGGCGCAGCUGGAAUUGACUGAUGCAUUAUGAUAUUAUUUAUAUCGCUCAGAGUUCUGCAUAGGAUGCCUCUCAUCAAUCCACUCGUUCUUUCAUUUCUUCAAUUCUUCACUCACCCACUUGAUCGCUCAAUCACAUAUUUUUUUCAUUCAUUCAUUCUCCAGUAUGUGCGUUCGUCCGUUCGUUCGUUAGUUUAUUCCUUACUUCCUUUCCUUCGUUUGAACGUCAUUCAAUAAGUUCCUAUUUGUAAUAUUUUACAUUUACCAGGUGACAUCCGAACACACAGGCGAUGUUGAGAAUCCUCCUUAUUGCGAUCUUAAAAACCACGUGGUGAGUUUCCUUUCAGGGACGCUUCCCCUACAAUCCGUUGAACGGUAUUUGGCUAUUGCUGAUCCUUUUAUAAAAACUAAAUUACGGUUUAAAAUUCUCCACGCACAUUUACAGUCAUCUACCAUGAAUAAUAUUUUCCUUAUUUCAAUUUAUUUUCGAAUACCUCUCUUGAAAUCAUUUAUUUUUUUCACCAUUUUCUUUUCCUUCUAUUCUUUUUCUUCUAUUUUCAGGUGGAGUUUCUUUCGAAGUUCCUCUAGCAGUAAGUAAAUGACUGAAUGACAGGCGGCUCCUUUGGAUUCAGAUCCUGCCACUGAAUUAGGCGACUUCAUAAACGUUAGAGAAAAUCGUCUUGUGGAUGAGUGUCCGGUAUGUUUAUUUUUACUCAUGCAUUGAUUUAACACUUAUCAUAAACGAGAGAUUAGUUCACAGAUAUUAAUCAUCUACAUUGCUCUUUAUUUUUCUAGGCUGAAUGUAAUGAACAUGAAGUGAGCAUUGGUAGUCCUCUAGAUGAGUCAUUGCCAGAAGAAGACAUUUCAUAUGAAUGGUGUUCUACUCCAUGUGUGAAAUCGGGACUGAAAGCGGUGAAUGAGUUUAUCCGCUCAGCUCCUUCUGCUCGUGGUAGGGUAGAUCCAGUGGUUCGUCAGUUGACUAUACCUUGGAAGGAAGCUGCACCAAGCACACAGAGAUAUUACAGACAGAAGGGGAAAGAGAUCGUUGAAGUGGCUCUGGAUUGCCUUGCUCCAGGGCAAGCCAUAGAAUUACUUUCAGAGUUGAUGAAACAUAUGGAGAAAAAACAGAAGCAAAAGAGCGUAGAUACUGAUGUUAGCGAAAUAUCGCGCCUGAUUAAAUUGUACGAAGAGGCCAACAGUUGGUUUACUAAAAGGCAAAUCCUGUCAGUAUUUGUAAACGAUUACUCUAAAGCUCAACUUCAGCUGCUUAUUCCUGGAGUAAGCAUGUGGGCGAUAGAUGAGGCAAGAAGGCAUGCCGCUAAGGUGGGGGUGGGUAAACCAGUGCCUUAGAUGGAGGCCAUUACACGCGCAAGACAGGAUUCAAGCAAAGUAGAACAUUUUCUAGAUUUUAUCAGCAGACCAAAUUUCGUGCAAGAUGUUGCCUACGGAACAAAAACGCUAAAAUUGUCGAAUGGGGAGAAGAUGGAGAUUCCAAACGUGGUUAGGACAGUUAUUGCUUCAAGGAUUGUGGAAUUAUACCAGCAGUACUGUCAGGAAACCGGUUUCCUCUCACAUGGGAGGUCAACCCUCUUCAGUAUUUUACAGGUACGUAUCAAAACAAAAUCACGAUUCAAAAUCAGACGAAGAGCGAAAAUAAAAAAGAAAAAGUGAGUUUUUUUAAAUUCUGUUAUCUCAUUUACAUAUCACGAAGAUAUCAUUAUAUGCAUUGUAGCUCAUUGUGUCAGGUCUCUUACUUUAUACUACUUCUUCGGCUUGAUUAACUGAAAAUUACUUUAGUCAUAUAGGUGGGGAUUAUAAAAGAGCAAAAGCUCUGGAUGAGAAAAGCAGUGAAAUAUGAACACGAGGAGAAAAAUAUAACAAAAUGUCAUUAUUGUAUAGACUUGUGCAGCAUCACAAAAGAAGUCUUUGGCAGGACUUGACAACAUCGCUACAGAGGGAUCGCAAGCCUUCGAUACACUCGAAGACGUAGUAAACAGGCUAGGAAAGUUAGGUAAGCUCAGGUUGAUUGAAGUUUUGUCCCGGGGAGGCCUGUAUCUUCCCAUUUUGUUUCUAUAUAAUGCUAUUUUUCACUGCACCUUUAACACUCAAACCACCCAACCUCCUAGGCCAAUUUAAUUUUUGGACUUUAUAUUUCUUCUUUAAGGUUUGUCGAAAACAUUUUUUAAAAAGCAUAUAUUUUAUACUGUGCAAUUUUAACAGAGGCCUCGCCUCUUAACGCAAUUGAGUAUAUAUGAGCGGCUUUAUCUUAAAUAGUAGUAAUUAAAAAACGGGGUGGUAACAUUAGCGUGCCUUUUUAAAGGUAAAAGUUCAGCCUGGGUUCAAGGUGCUAAAGAUCGCUUGAAAGCUGGUAAAAGCUACCUUAAGACAAACUUCAAGAUCCGCGUUUCUGAAGAAAGCCAGUGUGCUGAUCAUUGCGGGGUAUUUGCGUUGUCUGACCCUGAAGAUCAUCUCCGUGAGCAUGAGCACACGAAAUCAUGUCAAAGCUGUGACAAUAUCAAGAAUGUUCUUGAUGAAAUAGAACUUGUAUUGUCAUCAAGAGACCUUCACUUCAGGUAAACGGUUACUGAUACCAUGUUUUAUAGUCUUCUUCUUUCAAACCAAAAACCUAAACUUUCUUGCAGUCAAAACCAAAGAAAGAAGACAGAUUUCUCCCCUAACAGAUUUUGUCUUGUUCAGUUUAUCGUUAAUCGUUUCAUUUUACACAUGUAAAAAAUUUCUUCACAGGAUAUCACGAGAAGAUAUAUAAUGUAAUUUUACCUGAUCAUGAAGAGCAAGUUUUCCAAUUGUCAUAUCUUAAUCACCUUUUUUGCAAUUGGAAAUGGGUGGCUCAGGUGACUGAAAUCUACAGUUGUGUAACUUCGGAAACAGUGCUGCGUUUACAUAAUUAAACAAAGGAUCAGGAAAAAUAUACCGUGCAAAGACAAGCAAAUGAUGUCGCCCUAAAACGUCAACAAAUUAUAAUUACAGCUUUGAUAAUAGAACGAAACCAUUUUUUAUUUUGAUUUUUAGAUAUCAAGACGAAAAGGAGGAACUAGAGCAUGACAUUAGUAACGCUAUAGACAAGAUUGAGCGAUGGAAGGCCCACAUCUUAAGAGCAGUACACCAGGACGUAGCAAAGGAUGAUAUCCUCACCAAUAUGACGCCAGAGCAAGCUUUAAUUAUCAUGGAUUGGGCAAUGAAGUUCCUUCCUUUGAAGUAUAGGGAAACGCAAGGAGAGUGGUUUGGAAAGAAAGGCCUCUCUUGGCAUGUCACAGCCGUGACACUGGACGAAAAAACGGAUUUGCCUAAGUUUGCUAGUUGAGCAAAUCUAUUGUAAAUUUAGGGUACUAAUGUUGCUACUUAUUUGUUCUUGGUGCAAAUUUUGUUCGAAAGUGAAAGUUUACUUUUCUGCAAGGGUGGCGUAAAUGUGGAGUAAAUUUCAAGUUUACAGAUAUUUUGUUUCACUUUUGCUCCCCAUAGUAAAUUUGGUGUUUAGAUUCAAGUUUGCCACCAUUUUGUUCUGUGUGUAAAAAUCGAACGUCAAAACUGAAUGUUUGCUUGAUAUUUUCUGGCAUAGCAAAGUUACUGUGUAAAUUUAUGGUUACUAGAGGCGUAAAUUUAAGCAAAAUAUGAUCAAAGAACUAUCUUUACGACCACUUUAACCAACGUUUGCACAUUUACCAAACUUCACAGUGUUAUUUCACGGAAGUUUUGAUUUUCCAUUGCAUUUUCCGUUUCAAUCACCAUCACAUUCUUCUCAAAGUUUAUAAUAUUACUUGCUGCAGCUGGUUAUUUCGGGUAAGGCCAUCCCCCUUUUUUUUUCGUUUAGCGUCGAAUGCGUUUCCUGAUAUUGUGUCGGUGGCACGGAAAAAAUAUUACAAGAAGUCUCGGAAUAGGAGGCCCUGACGUAAAACGUUACCAUUUACAAUUUGGGUGAACAAAAUGCACAAUAUGUGAAAGGUUUGAACCCAGGAGUCAUUUCAAUAGUAGAUUGCAGAGUUUCAUCGUCCGGGUGAAUGUAGUCCUGAAUGCACUCCGUCGCAAGAGCAGCCGCCAUGUUUGUUGCCUAGGCUUCCAUGUGACUUUGGCACAUGCGCGAUUUGAUUUACAUUGUCACGUGCGGCUUUUGAACCAAUAGAAUAGUGUAAAAUAAACUUUCGUUGAACAGUUCAAAUUCACGCGGACUUCACAAGCGAUACAGCGUUGCAAAACGAGUAAUUUUGUUAUUUUCGGAUAAUAGAAAGCCUGUCUUUCUAUUCAGCUGUUCUAUUACGAUUUAUACCUUUGUUAUUUUCGAGAGACAGUGAUCAGUUGCGAUAUUCUUCACAUAAAGCCUGUUUCCAAGUCAUCAACUCAGCUGGAUUGCAGAAAGGUAUGUUCUUCUUGAUAUCGUGGUUCGUUUACUUACUUUGGUUUUCUAAUAACUUUGCGUAAGCUUAAAACCUCAAAGAUAAAUCUUAAAAUUUAAGAUGCAUGCACAGAUAUGCCAUUGAUUGAUUCCAUUUUGUUUACUGCAGAAAUAACUGUACUCUUUGUUGCGCAUCGUCUUCAUUAAUAGAAUAAUCUUAAGUAGCCGGAUCUUGAGCUGUGCAGGCAAACAUUUCUUUUACACCAAUAUAAGUCGGUGAUGUGACCUUAGCAUGUCCAUAAUUCAGAAAUUUGGCUUGUUGUACAGCUGAGUUAAUAUGUUAGAUCUUUGGGGUUACUGUACUUUUCAGGUGACAGCACUUGACAAAGCAGUGGUCACUAUAAUUUAUUAUUUAAUAUUCUACUACAUUUCAAAUGACAAAUGAUUUCCCUUUUGAAAUUUUUACAGUCAAAAACUCUUGUUUUACAUCUAUACAUAAUUAUGGUUCAGUGAUGUUGUGAGAUCUUAAUUUGGUUCAUUUUGCAAGUGACGGCACAAGUUUGCCAGAUCUUGAAGCAUAUGUGUCAUUCUGAGUGACCAUUGUAUUAUUGUUCCACAUUUAAAUGACAAAUGAUUCUUAUUUCAUAAAUUGUACCAUCCAAAACUCUUAUGGUUUAUACAUAUGGUUCAGUGAUAUUGUGAGAUCUUAAUUUUUUUUCAUUUUGUGAGUGACCACACUUGCCAGAUCUUGAAGCCUAUGUGUCCCUCUGAGUGACCACCGUAUUAUUGUUCCACAUUUAAAUGACAAUUGAUUCUUCUUUCAUAAAUUGUACCAUCCAAAACUCUUAUGGUUUAUACAUAUAGUUUAGUGAUAUUGUGAGAUCUUAAUUUUGGUUCAUUUUGCGAGUGACGACAUAUGCCAGAUCUUGAAGCUUAUGUAUCAUUCUGAGUGAGCACCAUAUUAUUGUUCCACAUUUAACUGGCAAGUGAUUCUUCUUUCACAAAUUGUACCAUCCAAAACUCUUAUGGUUUAUACAUAUGGUUCAGUGAUAUUGUGAGAUCUUAAUUUUGGUUCAUUUUGCGAGUGACAGCGUAUGCCAGAUCUUGAAGCCUAUGUGUCCUUCUGAGUGACCACCAUAUUAUUGUUCCACAUUUAAAUGACAAGUGAUUCUUCUUUCAUAAAUUGUACCAUCCAAAACUCUUAUGCUUUAUAAAUAUGGGUCAGUGAUAUUGUGAGAUCUUAAUUUUGGCUCAUUUUGCGAGUGACGGCAUAUGCCAGAUCUUGAAGCCAAUGUGGCAUUCUGAGUGACC